AUGCAAUUCAUCGCUGUUAUGGUGCUGGCGGGCAGUGUCAUGGUAGCAGCUCGAAGAAAUAUCACCCAAAACUUUGGUAUUACCCCAGAGAAUGCUGCUUGUCGGCACCCCGCAGCUUCGAGCGCUGCAGGUUUUCUGCCAUCACCGAGUGGUUUUGCGAAGAACAUUUGCACCGUUUGCCCGUCGCCUAAAUUCGGCUAUCCACUUUGCUGCAAAGGAGAACUCGAUUGCAAGAACCCCCGAUACGACCCAUUGGAUAAGCUUGACUUUCAGAUGCUCUGCGAAGAAGCCAACAGUAAGGCUCGUUGCUGCAACAAAAAGAAGGGUGGAUCGAACGUCAAAUGCGAAGGGAUGUCCAUGACGGUUGACGUGGCUGCUGCCGAGUCUGUAGGACUCCAGUUAUCUUAG